AUGACGACACGCCCUGUGCGUAUUGCGCAAACGACUACCGAAGCCAAGAAGGAGUAUAAAAAGAGUGGCCUAAAGCUCUCCGAUGCCCAGCUUCGCCAGCUACACCGAGAGCACGAGCUCGACCAACGCGCCGCCCGCAUUCGGGAACAGGAGGAACGGAAACGCGCCGCGAAAAGGAAACGAGAAGAGAAUGAGCGGAAACAGCGCGAGGCCAGACGACAGCUGGGAAUAGGACUGGCCACCCAGAUGAUUGGAUACAGUCGGACACAGGCCCAGAUGAAGAACGGCAUGGAAGCCUUUGUUGGACUGAAGAAACACAAGCCGGAGCAGGAUGCCCGACAGCUGGAGGUCAACAAGAAGCUCGAAGCAAUCGCAGUGACAGUGGAGAAAGAGCCUUGGGACGAUGAUGCUUUCGAAGCAUUCGAUACAGAAGAUAUUGCUGUGGAAGAUAUACCAGGCCUCGUCGGGAUUGACGUGGAUUCAUUCAUCGAUGACGACCUCGACGAUGAGACACUGCUCGAAGUACACGAUCUGAUUGUACCAGACAUCUGCCCACCUCGUCCGCAAUCAUCUUGCAAUCCCCAUUCGAAUUCGGAAACAGGACGGAACCAAGCCGCUAGCCCUGAGUUCGAAAGACCUACUACACCAGCCGCGUGCAAGAGUAGCAUCCCACAGCUCAACACCACCUUCAAGGUCGGAACUCCGAAACUUCCUGCUUCUAAGGUUGUCCAACCCCCGGUGCGAAGUUGUUCGCCGGUACCAAUCGUCAUUGACAACUGGGAAGAUUUCCUUGACAGCUCCACGCAGAUUGCUCGCGAGUUGUCGUCAGAAUCACAAGAUCAAUCAAGGCUGGAGUGCCGCCAUACCACUAUGCCGAGACCUAAAAGCACGGCCAAGCCAGAAUUGCCCUCAUCUCCCCAGAGGAAUCCGGACAGGACGCCUCUACACAAUUCGGCGACUUCAACGAACAACUGUGUUCCGAUUACAAAAGCAACUCCACCGACGGACGCGGCUGGACCCGUCACAAAAUCAACCAACAUUAGCACUGAGCUUGGAAUGUCGUCACAAGAACUAGUACGCUUUCUGGACGACGAAGAAUUCUGA